AUGUCAAACAUAUCUCGUGGCAUCAUCUGUCGCCAUUAUUUCUGGGUGAUGAUGUAUUCAAAAGUCGUAGGAUUUCAUAUUCAAAUAGUACCUGUUUGGUGGUAUAAUGAUGAACAAAAAGACAAGGAUAUAAUUACAAGUGCCUGCUGUUUUGCGAAUCAAGAAUCGGCAAAGAAUCAACUGAAUGAAAUACUAAUGCCAAAUCCCUCGACUAUAUCCAAGUCCGUGACGUGUGUUUUAUGUCAUGCAGCACAACGAAAAGUCAAAUAUGGAGAG